AGUCUUUCUAGAAUGUUUCAAAGUGUUCUUGCUCCACCUAGCGGUGAUAGUGAUGCGACCUUGACUACUAAUAUCAAAGGCAAGUGGGUUGUUUUCAGAACCUAACUUUCUUCAGUUUCGUUGAGUAUGUCCAUUAAAAACAAAGGGAAAUAGGCUAACUUACCGAGCAACAGGCAUAUCAUCUAUCCGCACAGCAGGUCAUCUUCACCGGAGGAAUACGGGAAAGAAAUUCAGGUCCACUUGUUAACUAAUAGAGGAGAGAGGACAAUACAUUGUGCUCAACAUGUGGAAGUCGGACUUACCACCCAGUUAUGAAGAGUCGAGGGAUCACCCGCCUGCCUAUGGAUUCACCCAGCCUGGGAUGAAUUAUCCUAGUCCGCAUCCCAGCCAGACAGCACAGUCUCAAACUGGGAUGAGACAGGGGCCUGGCUAUUCCAGGUCUGGUUUUCCUUCCAUCAUUCCCACAUCCAGGUCGUCGCCAGAGUACGGUCAAAACAUGGACUCCGAUUACUCUGCUAUGUGGGACAGCAGGGCAGUUCGUCAUGCAUUUGUGCGAAAAGUGUACCUGAUCUUAGCAGCCCAGCUGAUCUUCACCGUGUCCAUUGUGGCAGUGUUUGUUUUCGUCCAGCCUGUUCGUCUGUUUGUGGUCCAAAACCCGGCCAUGUAUUGGGCAUCAUUCGCUAUUUACUUUGUGACCUACAUGGCUCUGAUAUGCUGUGAACCGGCACGGAGACGACACCCACUGAAUUUGGUCCUCCUCUCUGCUUUUACCAUUGCCAUGUCGUAUAUGACAGGGACAAUAUCAAGCUUUUAUGACACAAAGGCAGUUUUUCUCGCUCUGGGAAUAACAGCCAUCGUGUGUAUAAUUGUCACCAUCUUCAGUUUCCAAACCAAGGUGGAUUUCACAGCUUGCAGCGGGCUCUUCUGUGUACUUGGCAUCGUUGUGAUGGUCACUGGAAUCAUCACAGCAAUCGUGCUCUCAUUCCAAUAUAUACCCUGGCUUCACAUGCUCUACGCAGCCAUUGGAGCCAUCGUCUUCACACUGUUCUUGGCGUACGACACCCAGCUGCUGAUCGGAAACCGAACCCACUCGCUCAGCCCAGAAGAGUAUGUCUACGGAGCGCUGGCACUGUAUGUCGACAUUGUCCAGAUCUUUCUCUUUUUGUUACAACUUCUUGGAUCAUCAGAGUAGGGGCAGUGCUUUGUCUCAAGGAAAUAAAGGGAAUAAAGUGUUUUAAAUUA